AUGAAACAGAUGGAAUUAUCGAGAAUGGAACAAGGGAUGCUUCGAGAUAUCGAAAUUGCUCGACAACCGAUCUACAUUGGCACGUUUUCCUUCUAUUUGCAGCUAGAUGCGAAGAAGAGUCCGCUGGCGCUUCUUGCUCAGACUUGCAGUCAAAUAGGAGCCGACACACCGUCCAAUAAAUCACUGCUGGGUUCGUUGGACAAAGGUUCAGGCAACAAAUCGUCCAAGUCGACGGAUCAAUCACGCGAGAAAUCGUCGCCGGCGGUCGUGGUCACGUCCGCGUCGGAUUCGGCCAAGACCACCUUCAAGCCGUACGAGUCCUGUUUGGGUCGUGAGAAAGCGUCGAGCCCGGACGAGCAGCGAUCGGCCUCUAGUCACUCGACGUCCGGUCGAUCGAGGACACCUGGUAGCAACAACAAACGAUGCUCCAGCAAUCAGAGCGCCUCGUCGGUUCGUACGGUGACGCCGCAGGGGCGGAAAACCGCGACGCCGAACGGCGACGUGGCACGAGAGUCACCGGCCUCGAGAAUAUCGUCCGCGGCGAAUCUCUCGUCGGGUCAGCUCGACUCGUCGAGUUCGUCUCAACCGGCGGUCGUCAGUAGCCCGUCGUUACAAGGGAAACCUUCUUACAGUCCGGCCGGUGUCCUAGCGAUGACAGACCCGUCCAUCAAGGAUCUCCCCUUGGGUACAUUCAAGCCAGGUGUCAGUCUAGCCUCGUCGAGCUCUGGUUAUUUAGGUUACACGCCGCAGAUACCAAUCGAUGUAACAGCCAGUUCUUUAAUGUCGCAGCAGGCCGCGUUGAAGAAUAGCCUGGUGGCCGGCAAUCCCUAUCUGAGUUACGCGAGGCUGAAGAGCUCCUCCGACGCUUUAAUGCCCGUCUGCAGGGAUCCCUACUGCACCGGUUGUCAGUUGAACUCUCAUCUGCUGGCCCAUUCUGCGAACGCGGUGGUGGCGAACGGCAAGUUGGCGAGCAACGGCACCGCCGGCUCCACCGGUGCUUCCUGUCCAGCUGGAUGUACACAGUGCGAUCACAAACCUGGGUCGGCGGUUUACGGAGCGUUGGGCGUAGCCGCGUACGCGCACGCACAACUGGCAGCAUUGGCAGCGGCCUCGCAGCUUCCCUACGUGUGCAACUGGAUAGCCAGCGACACGGCGUACUGCGGCAAGAGGUUCUCCACGUCCGACGAGCUGCUGCAGCACUUGAGAAGUCACACCAGCGUGUCGAACGGUAGCGGCGUCGCGGAUCCAUCCGCGGCCGCCUUGUCCCUGUUGUCGCCGUCCGCCGUUGGACUACCACCGACGCAUCCUUUGUUCUCCAGGACUUAUCCCACGCCGCCGUUGAGCCCGCUGGCAACCGCGCGUUAUCACCCUUACGGGAAACCUUCGCCGCUGCUGCCACCGCCUUUAUCGUCGUUGGGUUUACCGCUGCCGCCGCCUCAUCCGCACACGACCGCCGGAUUGCCACCGUAUUUCUCCCCAUACUCGCUGUACGGAGCUCCUCGCCUUGGCGCCGCGUCCGGCUUGCCUCAAUGAGUUCUCCACCGUGGGCCUCGACGUUGCCGACCGAACGCGUUGAGAUGUAUCAAUCGUUUAACUGUGAUACACGUGCGAGUAUAGAGAGAAAAGUGUUUGGACUAGAAAGAGGAAGGUACGGGACUGAGCAAACCUCACCAAGUAUAACCUCGCAUCUACGUUUCCCGAGAUUAAGUUACUCCGUUUUGAUAUCGCGGAGAAUUUUCCCUUCACCCUCUCCUGUCGAUUUAUCUAUUCGCCUUGGUUGAAACUGAAGUCUCGUGAAUUUAUCUGGACAAGUUUGUUCGGUCAAACGGAAGACACCGAAGACGACGUGAACGUGUUUUGCCGUGAGAGAUAUCUAUCAUCCAGUGUCAUCGUUGAGAUAGCCGUAAGUUUUACCUGUUCGCACGUGUCGAAUCUUCGGUAGAAAGUGCAGGAAAGAUUGCAAUUGUUAUAGUGUACUAAUCGUUUAACUGUGAUUCUCGUGCAAGAAUAAUGGAGCAUAUAGUGAAGGGGAGCAAAUCUGAAACUAACGUGUGCCUGAAAGAACUACUUAAUGGCUGCUGCGUAAUAAUUAUUGACUAUCGAGGCACCCUCUCUCCCUCCCCCUCUUGAUCUUAACACCAGUAUUCACUUGUUUUUCUGCUUACGUUUGACGAAUAUCCCAACACUCGACCAUUUUUUCUCUCGUAUUUUUCAACGCGAAUUUUUACACGACGUUCGAACAAUUCACACUCGUACGCGCGCAUUCGACCACACGCUUACCGUUAUUGCAUCAUUUCACGUCACGCUGUCGAUGAAUUUUCGUUCUCCGAUAGCACCGAUGAUUUCCGAUUAAAAAUCAUUUCUCGUUGCUGCAUCGAACUGAAAUAUAUAUAUAUAUAUAUAUAUAUUUAGCCUGCACGAUGGCCCUUUAAUUUCGAAAAAAAA